AUGAAGCUGGAUGACACGGGCUCUCAGCAGUGGACCUACCAGACUGGCACCGCAUCAGCAGACUAUGCUUUUGCUGUGGAGACCGAUGCUUCUGGAAACAUUUUGCUGGCAGGCUCUACCGAUGGAUCCAUGCAAGGGUCGAAUGCUGGUGAUUCUGACAUUUUUGUGAUGCAGCUGGACAGUGCGGGGUCACAUCAAUGGACUGUUCAAAUUGGCACCAACAUGAAGGAUGUCGCCACGGCACUCCGCAUUGAUGCUUCUGGGGACCUGGUUUUAGCAGGCUACACUAACGGUGACCUUGGGAAUACAAAUGCUGGAUACAAGGAUCAGGGUUUGCGUUCGCUCUUCAAUGCACGAAAAAAUGACAUCUUUGCAAUGAAACUCAGCAGUGCAGGGUCGCAGCUGUGGACCUUUCAAAGGGGCAGCAGCGCAGACGACAGUGCAACAGCUUUGGAAAUCGAUUCCUAUGGAGACUUGAUCCUGGCAGGUUGGACUGCUGGUAGCUUGGAUGGCAACAGCUUUGAUGGUUCAGUGGAUCUCUUUGCCAUGAAAGUGGAUGCCCAAGGGUCCUGGGAGUGGACCUUUCAGACUGGAACUGCAAGGGAGCACUGGGCCGGAAGUCUUCAGAUCAUACCUUCAGGCCGCAUUCUUUUAGCAGGUUCCAUCAACAAUGCGUUAACCAGCGAAGACAUCUUGGCAGUGGAGCUUGACAGCGCAGGGUCACUUCAAUGGAAAUUCGUCGCGGGGACCACGGCUGUAGAUAUCGCACGGGCUGUGCAAUUGGAUGCGCAGGGGUCCUUGGACGACUUGGACGACUUGGACGACUUGGACGAAUGCAGUGGACUCAACGGCAACGCCAAUGCUGGCAGCUACGACGAUAUUUUCGUGAUGAAGGCGGUGCUGCGAGUUCCGGAUCCUGCGCCAGCUACCAGUGGUCAGGUGUCCUGGACCUUUCAGACUGGAACUUCUGUUGACGAUGUCCUUCUUGGUGCGGUCCUGGACUCCUGUGGGAAUGUGAUUCUGGCAGGAGAUACCAAGGGAAGUUUGGGGGGCUCCAAUGCCGGCAAUAGCAAUUGGGACGUCUUUGCUGUGAAGCUGAGUGAAGAUGGGAGUGAGGUGUGGGCUUAUCAAACAGGAAGUGACCAGCAUGACCAGGUGUUGGGGCUGGCUGUCGAUAGCUUCAACAGCAUUGUCCUCACGGGCCAUACUUCCGGGAGCCUGAACUCGCAGAGCCACAGUGGCCAGACGGACAUCUUCGUGAUGAAAAUUGACCGUUUCAAAACUUUGCAGUGGACCUACCAGACUGGGCAGAGUAGCUUGCAGGAAGGCACUGGAGUUCAGGUGGAUCUCUGGGGUAACAUUUUUGUGGCUGGCUGGACGGAAGGUGAUUUACACGGCCAGGUGAGUGCUGGGGAUGUGGACGCCUUUGUGAUGAAACUCAGCUCCGACGGGGUCAACCAAUGGACGGUACUUUCCGGAGGAAGUGCUGGUGACUACGCUGUCAACUUGGCAAUGGAUGCUUCAGGGAACAUCGUGGUGGUGGGCCGCAGCUAUGGCUCCUUUCAAAGCAAUUCUCAUGCUGGAACCAGCGGAGAUGAGUGGUUUGCGGGCGUGGACAUUGACAGUGCUGGCAACAUCGUUGUGACGGGUAACACGGAUGGAGUGAUGGGUGGCAGUAGUGCAGGAAGUCAAGACGUGGUAGUCCUGAUGCUUGACAGUUCGGGCGUUCAGCAAUGGAUCUUACAGACAGGCACCAGCACAAGUGACACAGGCAUGGCAGCUGUUUGGGAUCCCUUUGGUAGCAUCUUUGUGAUGGCAACUGCACUUGACAGUUUGGCUGGUGGUGUUGCGAUUGGCGACAAGGAUGUGGUUUUGCUGAAGCUUGAUGCUACUGGCAAUCAGGAGUGGGUGAGCCAACUCGGCACUAGCGCCAAGGAGGAGUGCAUGGACCAACUUUCUCUCGGAGCAGCUGGCAACAUUCUGGUUGCAGGGUCGACGACUGGGGCCAUAACUGGCUCCAAUGCAGGAGGGGAGGAUAUCUUUGCCAUGAUGGUGGCCCGAUUUAGUCUUAGCAACGACGAGCUCAGGGCACCAAAGGAUACCAAUUGUACUCACGCCCACAACUACCACAAGCUCGACACUCACAGUGUCCACAACAAGCGAGUCGAGAACAUCCACCAUGUCAAGCACUGCCACUUCCAUCACGUCCACAAUAUCCAGCGUAUCCAGCACGACCACAGCUACUCAGCAGCACUUCAAGGUCUAAGGCACGAAGCUUGUCAUUUAUCACAUGCAAGUGGUCACAAGUGGUCCAAAACCACUAGUGUUGGAAAAUCCACCGAUGGAAAAGCACUGUAG